UACUUUCACUGCCACACUCUAUCUAUCAUUGCUUCUCUCAAUUCCCUAUCAAUUCCCUAUCCCUAUCAGUACCCGCUUAUGUAUUUUUGCACAAACCAUUGCCACCCCUAUUGCCUCAAUAUUUCACAUCUCAUCUCAUAACUGGUGGUAAUAAGUGUUGUUAAGAGUACUUAAAUAUAUAUUUUUUACGGCGUCGGCAGUCAUAUAGUGAGAAAAAAUUUAUAACUUUUUUUUCACUGAAAGACACCAAAUAAUACCGCAAGAGGAGAGAGAGAGAGAGAGAGAGAGAGAGAGAGAGAGUCCCCCAAUAAUAAAAAACAAUCAUUAAAAGUGUCCAUAAAAGUCAUAAAAAUAUAUUUAUUUUUGAUUUAAUCAACACUUGUUUGAUAAAAAUCUUGUGUUUAUGAAACAAUCUAUGUUUUGGUCAGCCAUUCAAAGAUAACUGUGCGCCCGACGACAGUAUGAGUCACAAAAAAUUAAUUGUAUUUCUAAUUUUGAUAAAUUAUUUUCAAAUCAAAGUAUUCGCUUAUAUCGAUUUUAAUGGUGUUCCCCAUAAUGUGGACACCAAUCAAAUAUAUGAGCAAAAUGUAACUGCUAAAAGAGGAUACAAAGUGACCUGGCUCAAUUUUACUGAUUUAAAAUCCAUCAAUAAUGAUAAUAAUACUAAUGCCAGUGUAAGUGACACCACUUAUGGUGGACAGUUGUUAAGUGAAAAGUCAGCCAAUAUCAGUGGUCUGCAUCUGGUCGUUGCAAUGCCACCACAGCUGCGAUACAGACAACAACAGCGACUUCCGACACGCGUUAGGAUCGAAAUGGUCAACAAUAGCGCCUAUAUUAUCAUUAAAGAACCCAAUGGUAUUCAUCGGGGGUUUUAUAGUGCAUACAAAGUCUAUGAUAAUACAACUCAUCAGUUGGUCACUGAACGCAGAGAUUUUUUUAUUAAUAUUCAUGGUUUGAAUGAAAGUAACCAACAUUGUAAUGAAGACGCCGAUUGUUUCAGUAAUUUUUGUUUAAAUAAUCAAUGCCUUUGUAGCGAUGAUAAGCCCGUCCUCGAUGACCAUAAAUGUAUUGCCGCCCAACCAAUAGUCAGUAAAUGUUUGCAUUCAAGUCAGUGUCAAUUUAUCGCCGGACCUAAUGCUGAGUGCAGUUAUAAAAGAAAGUGCCGGUGCGCUAAUAAUGGUCGUACCAUUCAUAUACCCAAAUAUGGUUUAUAUUGUAUUACACCAAAAGGUUAUAACGAUAGCUGUAUUUUCUCAGAGGAGUGUCUAAUGAUUGGCAGCAAUCGGUACUGCAAUGAGAUGUUUAGGUGUCAGUGCCGUCAUAACUACUACCACCAGACGGGAACUGGAUGUGUCAGAGCACUGGCAGUUGUCAGCUCUGGUCCAACAACGAUGUCCACUAUCAUCAAUGUCUGGUGUUUUUUAGUAAUAAUAUUUUUGGCAACAUUUGCGACAAAUUUUAAUUUAUGACAAAAUAUAAAUAUAUAUUUAUAUUUUAAAUAUUUUUUUCUGUUUUUUUUUCGGGAUGUU